AUGCCGUACCAGCCGCCACCCCAACAAGAGUCAAGCCUGCUGGAUAACUAUAGGGAUAUGUUUGAGGCCCUUACUGGUUAUCCGUACCAGCCGAACCCGCCAGUGAACCCUAAUGAGAGAUAUCAGCGAGAUGCUUGCUAUGCGCUUGGUUUGUUGGAUGACGACUCGGAGUACAUUGAGGCCAUCAAAGAAGCAAAUAUAUCAGGUAGUGCAGGUUAUAUUCGCAAUUUAUUCGCCACCAUGUUACUGUCAAGCACAUUAUCUAGACCUGAAGUUGUCUGGGAAAGCACAUGGAAGUAUAUGACAGAUGAUUUUUUGUACAGAUUCUCAAAGUAUCAUCGUGUUUCAGGUUUAUCAAUUCCUGAUGAGCAACUAAAGAACUAUGUUUUAUGCGAAAUCGAGAAGCUUUUAACUCGGAAUAAUUCAUCGCUUCGAAGAUUUUUAUCAAUGCCUUACCCGGAUACUUCAUCUUUAGAUAACUUUCGCUGCCGAUUGAUUAACGAAGAGCUUGCUUAUGACAGAACAGAGUUACAAAAUGUUUAUCAAGGUCAGGUGAAUUUGUUAACGGAUGAACAACGUGCAGUAUAUGAAGAAAUUAUGAACGCAGUUCAUGGAGACAAUGGAGGAGUAUUUUUUGUUUACGGUUAUGGCGGGACCGGUAAAACAUUUUUAUGGAAAACAUUGUCUGCUGCAAUUAGGUCAAAAGGUGAGAUUGUAUUAAACGUUGCAUCUAGCGGAAUUGCAUCAUUGCCGUUGGAGGGAGGAAGAACGGCUCAUUCUAGGUUUCAUAUACCUUUGAAUCUUAAUGAGGAUUCUGUUUGUCAUAUCAAACCAGACGAUGAUGUAGCUAAAUUACUACAGCAGACCAAACUCAUUAUAUGGGAUGAAGCUCCUAUGGUUCAUAAACAUGCAUUUGAGGCUUUGGAUAGAACUAUGCAUGACAUUUUCAAUAUAUCUAAUCCAUCCAGGUCUGAUGUUUUAUUUGGAGGAAAUGUAAUUGUAUUUGGUGGUGAUUUUAGGCAAAUACUACCUGUUGUUCGAAACGGUGGACGUCAAGAAAUUGUGAAUGCCUCAUUAUGUUCUUCUUAUCUGUGGAGUAAGUGUAAGUUGUUGACGUUAUCUAGAAACAUGAGGUUAACUGUUGGAAGACCAUCAUCUGAAGUUGAAGAGAUCAGUAAUUUUGCAAAAUGGUUGUUGGACGUUGGUGAGGGAAAUGUUGGUAGUUCCAAUGAUGGAGAAGCAAUAAUUGAAAUACCACCUGAGCUUUUAAUUGAUAGCAUAUCUGAUCCAAUUUCUAGCCUGAUUGAUUUUGUUUAUCCGUCAAUCUUGGAGAAUUACAAUGAUCGUAAUUACUUUAGUACCAGAGCUAUACUUGCGCCUAAGAAUGAGGUUGUUCACGAGAUUAACGACAGAUUAUUGGCAGUUUUCCCUGGUGAAGAAAAAGAGUAUCUUAGUUCUGACAGUCUAUGCCCUACUGAAGAUGGCAAUGUUGAUCAGCAAAAAAUAUACUCCCCCGACGUGCUCAAUGGUCUUAAAGUGUCUGGUUUACCAAAUCAUAGGUUAGUGCUUAAAGUUGGUGUUCCAGUAAUGUUGUUGCGAAAUAUUGACCAACGAAAUGGUUUGUGUAACGGUACAAGGUUAAAGGUCACAAAACUUUACAGCCGUGUUAUUGAAGCUGAGAUAAUUUCUGGUGGAAAUAUUGGUUCUCGGACAUUCAUACCUAGAAUGAAUUUGGUACCUUCGGACCGAAAGAUUCCUUUUGCAUUUCAAAGGAGGCAAUUUCCAAUAACUGUAUGUUUUGCAAUGACGAUUAACAAAAGCCAGGGACAGUCGCUAUCUAAGGUUGGGUUGUACCUAAGACAACCAGUUUUCACACAUGGUCAAUUGUACGUAGCUUUAUCCAGGGUUACAAGACGAGAUGGAAUCAAGUUACUAAUACUUGACAAUGAUGGCAGGCCUACAAAUAAAACAACCAAUGUUGUAUAUAAAGAGAUAUUCAAUGGAUUGUGA